AAAAACUCACAACGGGCUCCAUGGAGAUGGGUAUCUGACUCACUAUCUGUUUUCCACCAGCUUGCAGCAAUGCACCCCUUACUCGCGGCCCUUCCUCUCCUCGCAGUGAGUCCUGUAGCGCUCGCCCAAGUGCCCAGCGUGCAGGACACAUCUUUUGAUCCUCGAAAUGCACUUUCAGAACUCGGUAUUGAUACUUCGCUGAUUCCUCAGACGAGCGGUGUCUGUCCUAGUCAGGGCGGCGCCCAAUGCCGUGUAGCUUGCAGCGCCCUGGCCCGUAUUUUCGGCUCCGAUCGAGUCAUCACCCCAAACACAACCGCUUAUGUCAACGCUACGAACGCCUAUUGGUCCACACAGCAGGCGGAAGUGCAGCCGGCAUGUAUCUUCGUGCCAGCGGUUGAUAAGCAUGUCUCUGCCCUGGUCCUAAUCUCGCAACUCACGAAAUGCCCCUUUGCUGCUAAGAGUGGUGGCCAUGCUGCCUUUACCGGAAGCUCCAACAGCGAUGGUGGAAUAACAGUCCUCUUCCGAGAUCUCAACGAGGUAACGCUAAGCGAGGAUCGCUCUGUCGCAUCUAUUGGGCCGGGCAAUACAUGGGGCGAUGUUUAUACUGCUUUGGAACCACAUGGGUUGGCUGUUGUUGGCGGUAGGGUUUCUGAUAUAGGGGUGGGUGGUCUCACGACUGGCGGUGGUAUCUCCUACCACUCGAAUCUCUACGGCUGGGCUUUGGAUAAUGUCCAGAGUUUUGAGGUCGUGACAGCAAUCGGUGCCAUUGUGACUGCUAGCAAGACAAAGCACGCUGAUCUGUACUGGGCCCUCCGCGGAGGCGGCAACAACUUCGGCCUCGUUACCAAAUUCAACCUCUACACAAUUCCCAGCCCGCCGCUUUACGGCAGCACACGAGUGUAUACCGAAGACAUGUUCCCCUCUGUGGUCGACGCGUUUAUAAACGCGGCCAACAAUGCAUCUCGCGAUGGCAACGCGCAGCAAUAUGUAGCCUUUGGCCAGGCCCAAGGCAUGAACAUCGCCUCUGCAGAGCUCACGUACAUUGGCAACAUCAGCAAUCCCGCCAUCUUCCGCCAAUAUCGUUCCAUACCUGCAGUCAUGGACACAUCGAGCUCCCGCACCCUCGCUGAGUACUGCGCCUACGUCAAGGCCCAGAACCCCGUUGGCCUGCGCGAAGUUUACUGGAACCACUCUUUCAAAUUGAGCAGGGAUUUCGCUACAUGGGUGAUUGAAUAUUUCUUCUCGAUCGUUGAUGAAAUUGCGGAUAUACCAGGUAUCAUGCCCGUGUUGGUCUUUCAGGUGAUUACGGAACCACAGAUCAAAGCCAUGUCUCGAUUCGACGGGAACGCUCUCGGUGUCGACGAGCUCUCGGCCGGGGGACACCCUCUCCAUCUCCCGCUCAUUGCAUGCAGCUGGCAGAAUGGCCAAGAUGACGACCGAGUCUACCAAUUCAUCAGCGCCUUCUAUACCGCUUUAUCGGCCAAGGCUGAAGCCAUGGGGGUGCAUAACGACUUCAUCUAUAUGAACUACGCGAGCCAGUUCCAGGAUGUCAUUUCCAGCUAUGGGGCGGCCAACAAGGCGCGUCUGCAAGAGAUCGCAUCCAAAUAUGACCCUCGUCACGUUUUUCAGGAGCUUCAACCUGGAUACUUUAAACUUGCAGGAGCUCCGCUCCCUAAUCCCUUUUAAGUCAGCUCUGGUCCUUAGGAUUUUGUUUAUGCUGGCUGCACUACUCUAUUCUCACUCUAGUUAUGUAUAAUUAUCUUAGUCACAGUUCAGAAUAAGGUCAGCUACGGCCAAUGCACUGCGGAAGAGGCUGUCCCGGACCGACAUUUUUACUGCUUUUCUUGAUUCAGGCGUCUCUCGCGCCAGGUAAUUAGGCUUCUCUGUUUAGAGCAUCAAUAAUGCAUACUAUCGAAGACACGAAGGCAAGCCGGAUACACAUUGACUACCUC